AUCAUACAAACGUGCAAUUACUUGGCGGCCCGGACAAAGGACUGAUAGGGCGGCGCGGGCGCAUUCGACGCCGCGUAGUGGAGGCGCGCGCACGCGGGUUGCUUCGCGAAAAUGAUGCUUGCGGGCGCGGAGAUCGUUACGGAGGACGCGGGCGCGAUGCCCAUGGUCCCAGCUGGUCCUUCGGGCUCCCAGGCCUCAGAGGCCCCACAGGCCCCACAGGCCAAAGUGCAAGUGCAGGACGUCGGUCCGGCCCCCACGAGGGAUCCGGUAGACUUACACUUCUCCAACAUCACUUGCACCGUCAAUUUAGGAUUCAAUAAGGGGUCCAAACAGAUCCUGCAUGGCGUCCACGGCAGGCUGCGGCCGCGGCAGCUCAUCGCCAUCAUGGGCCCCUCAGGAGCCGGCAAGUCCACACUCCUGGACGUGCUGUCGGGAUACCGCAUCUCCGGAGUUGGAGGAGCAGUCUUCGUCAACGGGAGGGGAAGAAUUAUGAAAAACUUCAAGAAGAUGUCGUGCUAUAUCCAGCAAGACGACCGCCUGCAGGGUCUGUUAACAGUCGGAGAGAAUAUGGCGCUGGCAGCUGACCUCAAGCUGCCCACCACCAUGGACAAAUAUGGAAAGGGGGAGAUCAUAGAAGACAUCUUAACAAACUUGGGCUUGUACGAGCACAUCAACACUCGAGGAGCCCAGCUGUCAGGGGGACAGAAGAAACGACUCUCCAUUGCCUUGGAGCUGAUCAACAAUCCACUAGUCAUGUUCCUUGAUGAGCCUACCACAGGGUUGGAUAGUUCAUCGUGCUCACAAGUAGUCCAACUAUGCCGAAACCUGGCUCACCAGGGCCGAACCAUCGUCUGCACCGUCCACCAGCCUUCAGCGUCUUUGUUCGCGCUCUUCGACCAUGUCUACAUUUUGGCAGCAGGCCAGUGCCUCUACCAGGGUACCACGCAGAAUCUGGUGCCCUAUCUCAAAGGAGCUGGUGUACCCUGUCCGAUUUACCACAAUCCUGCUGAUUACGUAAUCGAAUUAGCAUGUGGCGAGUAUGGCGACGACAAAAUUCAGAUCCUGACAUCAAAGGCUGAAAACGGCAGAUCCUUAGACUGGUUUGAAGAGCCUGAGACGAUCCCCACGAUGGAAGCACUGAGGAAGAUGUGUCCCCUUAGCGUGCUGAGGGAUCAAGACACAGGUCCUGCGGACGAGGAGACCUCGCAAUCCAACCAAAGAUCUGUACUUAUCAAAAGAGGAUUCUUGAAAGCCAAACGAGAUUCUACGAUGACCCAUCUGCGAAUAAUCGUGAACGUGGUGGUCGGCAUCAUGCUGGGGAUGCUCUUCAUAGACGCCGGCAACGAAGGCUCCCGGGUCAUUGAGAACUACAACCUUCUAUUCGCCAUCCUUAUGCAUCACAUGAUGUCACCCAUGAUGCUGACUAUCCUCACUUUUCCAUCAGAGAUGUCUAUUUUAUCAAAAGAACAUUUCAACAGAUGGUAUUCGUUAGGAUCAUACUACAUAUCAAUAACGAUAGUGGAUUUGCCAAUAUCUAUCUUCGCCUGCGCAAUCUUUUCAGUGAUUGUAUACACGAUGUCGGCUCAACCACUAGACAUCGUGCGGUUUUCGAUGUUCUUUGUGAUCUCACUAUACACAGUCCUCGUGGCGCAGAGCUUCGGGCUUAUGAUCGGUGCUGCCUUUAACGUUGUGAACGGCACAUUCUUGGGUCCAACAUUAUCAGUUCCCAUGAUGAUGUUCGCCGGUUUCGGAGUGACUUUGAAAGAUCUACCACCAUACCUGUACUGGGGCUCGUAUAUUUCGUAUUUACGCUACGGGCUCGAAGGUUUUGUAGGCGCUAUCUACGGACUCAACAGGGAUAUUCUAGACUGCAAGGCAGAGUACUGCCAUUACAAGUACCCCCAGCAGUUCCUGACUGAAGUGUCUAUGUCUCCCGACAUGUUCUGGUGGGACGUGCUGGCGCUCACCGUCACUGUCUUCGCGAUGAGGGUGGCCGCGUUCCUGCUCCUCAAAUGGAAGCUCAACGCUGUUCGAUAGAACCAUAGCUACGCUGUUUGGUCAAGACUGGUCCGAAACCAAUGAGGGCUAUCGUAGUUGCUCUCACCAGUUGGCGCCAUUGUAGUGUAACCAGACCUGUACGGCUAGCACGAAAAACUUUCGAGUUCGAAUCGUUAGCGUAUUCGAAUCGCCAUCGAAAGAUUUAGUACGAAAACUGCAACAGCGCCCUUGUGAACGUGUCGUAAAGUGAACUUAGUAUGAGAAAUGGUUGCACGAAACUUAUUUUGAGAAUCAAAACUGUCACGUUAUCGUUUAAUUCGAAGAUUGAGUAUCGAAUUUUGUCGAAUACGCAAACGAUUCGAAGACGAAAGUUGUUCAAGCUAGAGGUACAGAUCCUGUCACUUACUAGUGGCUAAGAUAGUUGCGCCAACUAGUAGGUAGGAAGUAUAUUCCAUUGCAAUCACCAGAAUAGCCCCACUGUAUAUUAAGGUUCCGUCACUCGGCAGUGGUGCCAACUGUUAAGUACCUGUAAAAACGAUAGCCCUCAUUACAAUAACUCUUCACCUUUCAGAUACUGAGUGACUGGGUGGUAAUAUCAUGGAUCUGUGGUUACUCGCACGUCAAAUGGUCAUUCAUGUAAAAUGUACACGUACCUACGUACAGGCUCCAUAUUAAGAAUAGUUAAAGGAAUGGUAAGCAAAAAGAUUUUGUAAGUUAAUGAUCAGUCCUGAUUAUUGUAGGUUGUAAAUUCUGGUCAGAAAAAUAAGAAAGCGGUCGCUAGUCGAUAUUUUGUUUUAUCUUCAUAUUUAAAGCAUUCCCCUUAGACAAAGUUACGUUUCGUGCUUGUUUUAAUUCCGAAGUCGUAAGACUUUACGACGUAACGUUUUCCUUUGUCUUGGGGAGACCGGGUCAUAUCAUCUUAUGGGAAAUUAUGUUUGUCAAAAUUGACAACAAAGUUUUAGCAUUCCAUACAAAUUGAUGGGGAAGAAGCAUUUAUCGGAAUUGAUGAGCUUUGGGAUUGGUGCCUAUUUGCCAAAACUAUAAGUCCAAAUUGCAAUGUAACUGUGAUACUUCACUAAAUGGUGUUAGGGAUACAACCCUGAAAUUUCGGUUCAGUCUUAUAAAAAAACACUUGAGUUUAGUAUGAACGGUCACAAGUACAGAAAAGAGUCAUUGGAUUUGCUUGCCAUAAAAAGAGGAAGGUGAUAGAAUAUUUAUGAAAUAUGAUGUUUAAAAACAAAUGAUAUUUGUAGAUGUUUGUGUAAAGCUUUUUAUAAAUCGUUUUUACAUCAAGCUCAAUUAUUUAUAAUUUAGCCUGAAUCCGUCAUCAUUCACUAUACUACAGAACGUUCUUCACCACGUUAUACACUUUAGUGCAAUUUCAACAAUUCAUAAAUCUAUUUCAGUACAUUCUAUUGAAAUACAUAUAAUUU